AUGUGCGUCCUGAGCUACGGGUGCCUCAACACGUUCGCGAAUUCCGCGCAGCGGUUUAUAGCUAGCCGGUUUUAUGCGGGCGAUCAGCGGGCUGCGGGGUCGGCGAUGAGUAUCCCGUAUAUCCUCUCCGGCUUCCUCGUUCCGCUGUUUGGGUUGGUCCUGGAUAAACUCAGUUCCAGGGGAUAUCCGCGGGCGUUGAUUACGAGUAAUAUGUUCUUGGUAUUUGCGCAUGGGAUCUUCUUGGCGCGUGCGACUGCGACUCCGGUUUUGCCAUUGUGUCUCCUCGGCAUUGGGGAUGCAUUGCUGUGCGUGUCUUUCUGGGCUAGUGUCGUGCGGUGUCUUCUCCAAGUUGAGACUGGGAUCGGGACAGAGACAAAGAGUGAAACAAUUGUGGAUGCCAAAACGCCUUUACUACAGGAUUACAACGUUAGCAAACCCGAGGACGACCCCGAUAAGCUCGGCUGCGAACCGAUCCUAUCAAGCAGGGAUUUGGACCCAGACCUUGAGUCGGAAGGGGACAGGGCAGGAAACGCUGCUGCGGCUCAUGGCGAAGUCAUAAGGACACUGGGUUUAGGAGUCAUGACCAGCCUGAUGAGUGCUAGUGCUGCUGUCGUGCCUCUCCUCCUUGCAAUGAUGGAGGGCGUGGCUGGUCUUUCGGGUCUAGAGAUUGUUUUCGUGGUCUUGGCUGCACUUGGAUGCUUGGCUGCUGUGAGGCUGGCUUGGAUGUUCCAUUAG